UCCUAGCUGGGCUGGCUUUGUAGCCAUAAAAAAAAAUAGGAGAACAAUAUGGGAUUUCCAUAGUUAUUUCAUCCCAACACAAUAUUGGGAUUGAGAGUGUUCAACUGAGUUUCGCAUGGUGGCAUUUCUCGUUUUUCAUUUACAUUCUUUUCCGACGACAGAAGAAAACAAAAACAGAUUCUUACUUGAAUACAAAAUUUCGAAUGCCAGUCAGUGUGUGCGAGUGUGGGUUUUUGUGUAUCUGAGAAUUUGGCAUCCAAACCGGCAAGUUUUUCUUUUUCAAAUCAGUUUUGAUUCAUAGAGACAAGCAGCAGGAAGAUGUCGCUUUUCAUAUAUUUUCCCUAUAGACACACACACACACAAACACAACAUCAAACAUCCAUUAGUGUUGAAUUCAAAGUUGUAGAAUUGCCACAAAAUAUUUAACCAACUAAAAAAAUCAGAAAUAAUUUUUUUUUAUAAAAACUGUGCAAAGUUCUUACAAAACAACAAAUUGUGAAAAAGUGAAAAUCGAAUGGAAAAUUGUUUUCCCAUUAUUUGUUUGGAUUUUGGAUAUCAAGACAUUCCAAAAGUGAAGGCCCAGCACAUUUAAAACUCUUAUCAUGCUAUUGCCACAAUCACGACAUUCCGAUGCCAAUAUUAUAUCCAUGAUGGAAUUCAACAAUUCUGGUCUUGAGGUUAAACCGAUAUUUAAGAAGAUGCCGCAACAUAACCACAUCAAUAAACUACUCAAAACAGCCGCUGCUGGAACUGGAGUCAUUGGCGAUGUCGAUGCACUCCUUACACCCAUUUCUAAGCAAGAAAUGUUAAGUCACAGCCAAAAUGGUUCAGCUAGAGAGCGAAAUGAACGGAAUCUCUGGCGCAACGAUGAAGUCAUGGAAAUGCUCUGCAUAAUGCAACAGACCAACGCUCUGGAAAAACUCAAUGACAAAACUGUGAAAAGUGAAAAUAUAUUCAAGGACAUUGAGGUGAUAAUGCACAAAAAUGGUUUUGUCAAGAAGUCACACGUACAGAUAUGGACCAAAUGGAAAUUUUUAAAAAGCACCUAUAUGACAUCGCGCCGUAACGGCGUGGUGCCGCGUAUGAUACCACAGGAAAUCUUCAAUGUUCUCCACCAAAUGAUCUCUAACUACUAUCAGGGAUUGAAUGAAAAUGGAAAUUCUACAGCCGGAUCAAUGGAUGGUGAUAAUUCCAGUGCCGCCGGCGGAAGCACAACACUCAAUGCUGCCGAUUGUAGUGGAAGUGUUGGUCCAGAUAAUACCCAAUCGGUAAACAGCACGGAACAAAAUGAAAGCACACAAUCAUUUGGCUUAGAGAUGGGUCUGGUUAAAAGCGAGCCCAGUGAUACAGGCUACGAUGCUAUCGAGAAUAACAAUGAAAAAAUAGUGCCAGAUAAAAAGUCAUUGAAAGAAGUUUUCGAGAAACCGCCACAGAAAGACAAACAAGAAAAUGCCAUUCCAGCAAAUCAGUCGAAGAAAGUUCUGGAAAUACCAUAUCGCGGUCGGGGACGACCACCAAAAAGUCUUUCAAUGAUUACUUCAACGCCAAAUGGUCGCCAACAUUCACCUACACCGCGUAUCAAUGCCCAAAUGCCCCCAUUGCGAGUGGCUCCAUUCGCCAGCAAGACCGCCCAUGCAACAAAUGCUUUGGCAGCCAGCAGUCGGCCGCCACCACCUCUUACAAUGCCUCCACAACCUCGCCCCAUACGCAUCGCCAAUCUUUCCUCACUUACCGACCCAAUGACAAAGAACUGUGCAGCCACUAGUGGUUCAACGAAAUACUCACAACCCAAGCUUUUGCCAAAACCAACGACGCAGCCCAGUCAAAUUCACGGCCACAUCCAUUCCAUGCGUUUACUUAAAGACAUGCAAUCGAAUCGAUCGUCCUCCACACCCUCACCUAGCUACCCAAAGCUUAAGCAAGUGCCAAUGCGUAAAACUCCCUACUCCUUAAGACCUGAUCGGCUAAUACCCGAUUUGGAUGAGUCCUUUUCACCCCCCCAUACCCCCAGUAGAUAUGACGAUGGACCCUCGACAAGCGGUCAUUCGUUUAUGCAAGACAAUGGCAGUAUUUAUCACAAUGGUAUCCAUCGUAAGCGAAGACUUGAUUGUCCUCAAGGUCAUGCGGGUCCAACGAAAUUAAGAAAACUCCCUAAUGAUUUUGGUCCUACACCCGAAAUGGGUCCAAAACGGCCACAGAGACAAGACCAUGGCUAUGGCAAACUCUUGCAGAGUGUCAUUGUUGACUUCAGUACUACACUGAGAAAAGUUCAGACGCAAAUGAUGAAGGAUUUCUUUAACAAGCAACAAGAAUUGAUGCAAAGAGAACACGAAUUCCAAAUGCAACAAGAUCGCAUGAUUAUGGAGACUUUCCAAAUUCAGACUUUUGAAAUUAUGAGGUCGGUUAAGGAACUUGUGGGUACCUUAGGUGCUAGCAGAAGAGAAGAGGAGAGCGAAAAUGCAACCAAUCUCAAAGAGGCUAUCAUGGAGGAAAAAUCCCAGCGUUACCACAAAGUAAGACGAGAAUCCCAGAACUUGGAGCCUAGUCCCGAAGACAAUUCCAAUGUUGCAGAUAUGGAAUAUGCCGAGGCUGAGCAGGAACAAAAUGAACCGGAACUGGAAAAUAUUAUGUAUUCCGAGGAAGACCUCGCUCAGGAACAUCAUACACAUGCUGAACAUGAAUUAAAUGCCCAAGAGAACGCAGAAACCGAAGAGAGAGAAAACGAAUCAGAAAACUAUCAUCAGGCAGAGGAACAAGACGAUGACAGGGCAAUUGAGUUGCACCAUCAACAGCAGGAGCUUCAACUACAAAUGCAACUCCACGACGAACAAUCACAAUCGGCGGGAUCUGAUGAUGAUGACGACGACGAUGAUGAUGAUGAGGAUGAUAGUGACUCCUCAUCGGAUUCCUCCAAUGACAAUGACGAAGUCGAAAGCCCCGCUCCACUAAUGAAUGGCAACAACGAACUUAUGACUCUACACAUGCCCAUGCCUCAAUUGACAGAUGAGGAAGAGGAUGAUUGAUUUUUACAAAAAUAAUUUAUUAUUUUCUUUUUUCUUUUUAACAUUCCAUCACAAAUUUAUUUCAAUACAAAAUACCCACGAAUCAUUCCAUGGAGAAGACUCUCUUAAACUUUGAAAGUUUUCAGAGCCGUAAACUCGCUUAAUGGUAUAGCCAUACAUACCUUUCAAACAGAAGACUUUUAUUAAUAUAAGUUACUCAUAUAGUUUUAAUGCUUAUUUUAAAGCUUUUACUUUGUUAUUUAUACACUUUCACAUAGAAACACCCAUUCAUCACAUUCAUAUUCGACGCAUACAUAUAGAAUACAAAGUAAUCAUUUAAGGCUUAUAUUCUUCUAGAAAAGGACUUUUAAAUAUGUUCGAUAGAGAAAUAAAAGGACAAAUCAUGUAUUAUUCGAUUUUAAGUUUGAAACAAAUUCAAUACAAAAAAUUAAUGAAAUUCAAUGAAAAUAAUGUU